AGCCGAUCUCUCUCCCUAGACGCGUUGAGCUAUUCCCAGUCCGUCCUCCUCCCCUGGCUCUGCUCGCCUCGUCUCCAUCUCUCUCCCCUUCUUAAACUCCAAUGGCAGUGGAGUAAGCGGCGAAGGCUGCAUAGUGGAGCUCUGUUGAGUAGACUAGAUUGUUGCUGGGGUGGUGGAGUUGGAGUGCUAAAAGAAGGGGAACCCCAGGAAUAGUGUGAGGCAGAGUGGGCGUCUAAUUUGGGAGGGGAAAACGAAAGGUGAGAGGGCCUUGGCCGGAGCGGGGGACGAGUUGGGUUCGUCGACCGGCCAUUGAUGGCGCCGUGGACCGGCUUAUGGGGCGGUAGGGCCGGCGGCGAGGCCUACCGGGGCACGCCGGUGGUGGUCAAGAUGGACAACCCCAACUGGUCCAUCUCCGAGAUCUCCUCGCCGGAGGACGACGACGAGGAGUUCUUGGCCGCCGCCGGCGCCGGCGGAGGGCGGCGCAAGGGCGGCCGCGGGAAGAACGCCAAGCAGAUCACGUGGGUGCUUCUGCUCAAGGCGCACCGCGCCGCCGGCUGCCUGGCGUCGCUGGCCUCUGCGGCCGUGGCGCUGGGCGCCGCCGCGAGGCGCCGCGUGGCCGACGGGCGCACCGAUGCCGAUGCCGAUGCCGGUGCGGUGGUCGCGGCGGGCGAGAGCCCCGUGCUGCGCUCCAGCUUCUACGCCUUCAUCAGGGCCUUCCUCGUCCUCUCCAUGCUCCUCCUAGCGGUCGAGCUGGCCGCGCAUUUGAACGGAUGGAACCUUGCCGCCUCGGCCCUCUCCAUCCCCAUUAUCGGCGUCGAGUCGCUCUACGGCUCUUGGCUGCGCUUCCGCGCCGCCUACCUCGCGCCGCUGCUCCAGUUCCUCACCGACGCGUGCGUCGUGCUCUUCCUCAUCCAGAGCGCCGACCGCCUCAUCCAGUGCCUGGGCUGCUUCUACAUAAAAGUGAAGCGCAUUAAGCCCCAGCUCAAGUCCACGGCGUUGCCGGACGCCGAGGACCCUGACGCCGGCUACUACCCCAUGGUGCUCGUCCAGAUACCAAUGUGCAACGAGAAAGAGGUGUAUCAGCAGUCAAUUGCGGCCGUAUGCAACCUUGAUUGGCCGAGGUCCAACUUCUUGGUUCAGGUGUUGGAUGACUCCGACGACCCAACGACACAAUCACUGAUCAGAGAGGAGGUCGCAAGGUGGCAGCAGACCGGGGCUCGGAUUUUGUAUAGGCACCGUGUGCUCAGAGACGGAUACAAGGCUGGGAACCUCAAGUCAGCAAUGAGCUGCAGCUACGUAAAAGAUUACGAAUUUGUUGCCAUCUUUGAUGCUGACUUCCAACCAAACCCGGACUUCUUGAAGCGCACCGUGCCACAUUUCAAGGAUAAUGAUGAAUUGGGGCUGGUGCAAGCAAGAUGGUCGUUUGUAAAUAAGGAUGAGAACCUUUUGACUCGAUUGCAGAACAUCAAUCUCUGCUUCCACUUUGAGGUGGAACAGCAGGUAAAUGGCAUAUUCUUAAACUUCUUUGGCUUCAAUGGCACUGCCGGGGUUUGGAGGAUCAAGGCAUUGGAGGACUCGGGCGGGUGGUUGGAGCGGACAACGGUUGAGGACAUGGACAUUGCAGUUCGCGCACACCUCCAUGGCUGGAAGUUCAUCUAUCUGAAUGACGUCGAGUGCCAAUGUGAACUACCAGAAUCAUAUGAGGCUUACAGGAAGCAGCAGCACCGGUGGCAUUCAGGUCCAAUGCAGCUAUUCAGGCUUUGCAUACCAGACAUCAUCAAAUCCCAGAUAUCGGUUUGGAAGAAAGCCAACUUGAUCUUCCUUUUCUUCCUUCUCCGAAAGCUCAUACUACCAUUCUACUCCUUCACAUUAUUCUGCAUCAUCCUCCCGAUGACAAUGUUUGUGCCUGAAGCGGAGCUCCCUGACUGGGUCGUAUGCUACAUUCCUGCCCUGAUGUCCCUACUCAACAUCCUUCCUUCUCCGAAGUCAUUCCCUUUCAUCAUCCCAUACCUACUCUUUGAGAACACCAUGUCCGUGACGAAGUUCAACGCAAUGAUCUCCGGUCUGUUCCAGUUAGGUAGUGCCUACGAGUGGGUGGUGACCAAGAAAUCAGGCCGAUCAUCAGAGGGUGACCUCAUUGCUUUGGCUGUUACGCCCAAGGAGCUGAGACACCAGAAGACCGGGUCCGCCCCUGAUUUCGACGCGAUCAUCAAGGAGCAAUCAGGUUUGAAGAAAGACACCAAGAAGAAGCACAACCGGAUAUACAAGAAGGAGCUUGUCCUGUCAUUGCUUCUCCUAACGGCUGCUGCCCGUAGCCUGCUCACGAAACAAGGCAUACACUUCUACUUCCUCCUGUUCCAGGGCAUCUCCUUCUUGUUAGUAGGCCUCGACCUCAUAGGCGAGCAGGUUGAGUAAACUGUAAUCAUGGGCAAGAUAGUUAUCUUUAAGACAGUGAUCCACACCAUGGGAGGUGCUGCAGGGAUUCUGCGUCCAAGCUCUCGGCCGAGGUUUGAAAAGAAAAGGGUUCGAUGGAAGGAACGUUGUCGCCCCUGGAUCAAUCAUGACUGCACGACAGGAUCGGCGGGCAAGGUCGAUAUUGAGAGAGAGGCUUCUGGCCCCAUUAGAAUGUGUAGAUAUAGCUCUGUCUACCUGCGAAUCAGCUCAGCUCUUCUAGUUCCUCUCCAUUCUUUUGUAAGAAAUUUUUGAUGGUCGUGAAGGGGGAUGUAAUCAUGUAACGAUUGAUCGAUGAAGAAGCCAAAAACGCCAUUGGUUGGAAACCAUCCA